AGUUGGUGAGUGCAGUGUAACUCCCGGCUGGAAGGUGGAAGAGCGCCGACCGAAGAAGGAACCGCGUGUUACACAGCAGAAGGUCACUCAGGUUGGGUUGUGCUGGAGAGAAGAAUUCUGAGAAGCAACAAUGGACCAAGCAAGGUCAACAAUAUCCAAGAUUUUUAAUGGGGAGCCCCACUCCUACACACGAUUCAACUUGACCCAGAAUAUGGAGGGUGACAACAGUCAGGUGGAGAUGAAGCUGUCAUCUGAAAUAGAUGAGGAGACUGGGGGAAAUGGCGUUGGCGGCCACCUGAAUCACAACUCAAAUCGCACACCCUAUGUGGCUCAAAAGUUUGGACGUACACCCAAGAACCUCUGCUUUAUGGCAGCUACAAUCUUCCUCAUCUUCAUCAUCGGCUAUUUGAUUGGCUACCUGGUCCAUCGGAAUAAGGAUUUGGCUCCCACCUGUGCAUCCUCUGCUCUCCGCUAUGAAGACGUUUCUGUCGCCCAUGAGACCGGUGCUGCUCCCCUCAUGGACUGGGAUGAUGUGAAAAAGCUUCUUGCUGAAAAACUGACUACAUCCAGUAUGGACGCUGUCCUUAGUCAGCUGAGCAGUAGCAACCACCGGGCUGGUUCUCCUGGUGAUGAAGAUCUGGGGAACAAGGUGAUAAAGAAGUUUAAGAAGUACGGCAUGAAGACCUGGACUGAUGAGUACUUUGUCAAGGUUCAGGACCCCCCAGCAUCUGGAUACAACAGAAUAGUUUUCAAGAACGAUUCAGAGGAACGUCCAACAGGUUUCCUGUCCUACAGCGCGAGUGGAACAGCAAGGGGUGCAGUGCUGUAUGCCCAUUAUGGACAGGAAGAUGACUUCCAACAGCUGAAGGACAUGAACAUCAACAUGAAUAACAGGGUGAUGCUGGUCAGAGCUGGAAGGAUCAGCUUUGCUGAGAAGGUAGCCAAUGCAGCCAAAGUGAACGCUUCUGCUGUGCUGAUCUACCCAGACCCCAUUGAUUACCCUAUUGGAAAUGAUACUUCACUCUUUGGACAUGUCCACAUGGGCUCUGGGGAUCCCUACACCCCAGGCUUCUCUUCCUUCAACUACACCCAGUUUCCACCUGUACAGUCUUCAGGCCUGCCACAUAUUUUGGCUCAGACUAUAACAACAGGCAUGGGAACCAAAAUUCUGAGGCAGCUCGGGGGUAGAACUCAGCCAAAUGGUUGGGGGAGCAUCAAUAAACUCGGAGAUGAGAGCGAUGUUAUUACUGUGGAAGUCAACAAUGUCCUUACUGAGAAAAGGAUAAAUAAUGUCUUUGGGGUCAUCAAAGGCUUUGUGGAUGCAGAUCGAUACGUGGUCAUCGGGGCCCAGAGGGAUGCGUGGGGCCCGGGCUUUGCAGCAUCAACCGUGGGCACCAGCGUCCUCAUAGAGCUGGCGCGUUCCAUCUCUGACAUGGUGGAGAACGAUGGAUUCAAACCGAGGAGGAGCAUUGUGUUUGCCAGUUGGAGUGCGGGAGAGUAUGGGAGUGUUGGCGCCACCGAGUGGUUGGAGGGUUAUUUGUCCUCUCUGAGCAUGAAAGCAGUCGCCUACAUCAACCUGGACGGCAUUGUGACAGGUCAGGAUGGAUUUAAAGUAGCAGCCAGUCCGUUGCUGCACAGCCUGAUCCAAAACACUCUGAAAGAGCUGAAUAACGACAAGAACCAGUCUCUUCUUUCUCAGUUUGGAAAGAACAUUAAUGGGAAGGUCAAGGCUGUUCAGAGGUUGCAGCCCCAGCUGUUGCCCAAGACCCUGACUGGGCAGUGGUUGGUCAUGGCCUCUGGCUCCUACAACCGUGUCUCUAGCAUAUUGACAGCUGACAUCCAAAACAGCGACCUGGAAAACACGGAGAUGUGCCGCAUGAUCAAUGACCGCAUCAUGACGGUGGAAAGGAACUUCCUGUCACCCUACGUUUCUCCGAUAGACAGCCCCUUUCGCCACAUCCUGCUGGGCUCCGGCCCCCACACCCUCAAAGGCCUGUCCAGCCACCUCGACGCUCUGAAGUCUGCCAGCCCAGAGGCCAACGCCGAGCUAUUCCGCAACCAGCUUGCCCAGGCGACCUGGACCAUUCAGGCCUGUGCCAACUCCCUAGCAGGGGACAUCUGGUCUCUGGAUAAUGAAUUCUAGAAAAGUCCUUUGCCCUCCCUUGUUCAUGGCUUGGCCCUCUUACUACAACGGGCGGUGUGACAGCCAGUAUGAUGGUGUGAUUAACAGACAGUUUUUUAAUGGAUUUCCACAAAGUCAUCACAUCUGUUCCACAGUAUUCAUUUCCCUUUUUCUAAAAUUUUCCAUAAAACCAAUGUAUGAUAUGUCAUGAUAGAAAAUAUGUGAGCCUUCCACUUAAAAAAAAAACUUGCACAAAGAAAAAAACAAAUCUUGAAUUUGAACCUGUGGUAUUUUAAAUAUCACAAUCUUCAAUACUUUGGCCCUCGUCAUGUCAUGCCAAUAUCAUAGCUACAAGCCACCGAGCACAGAUGGUUGGUGUGCCAGUGGUUGGAAAGCAGUCCUGCCAUCUGAAUCCAAAGACGCUUCUGAGGCACCGCGUGUUGAACGAGUUGAGCCGCCUCAUUUAGGUGAUCCAGGUUUCACGUCCAUACAGUAAGGGGCUGUUGACACAGGGCUGCUACACUUUGAUCUUUGUGUGGUCAGUCAGCACUUUAUUUUUACACACCCUGCAGGACAAUAAGGCCACGAUAGUGUUUACCUUCCUGAGUCAUCAACUGAGUUCCAUAUUGAGUGAGAGGGUAGUGUUGAUGGUAGAACCCAGGGAAGUUAUUUUAACUGCACGGGUGCAGAUAUUCAUAGUGAUGGAGGGAGGGGUGAGGCCAUCUUAUGCACAGAUGUUCAUCUUUUUUCUGGCUGACAAUGAGCCCAAACUACUUACACAAAGAUUAGAGGAUGCUUGUCAGUCUCUGGAGGAUAGCCUCAGUGUGGGCUACGAGGGUAAAGAGCAUCUCCCUGAUUAAGUACUAUCCUGACUUUGGUCUUCAAGCACAGAAAACAGCAAAUGUGACUAUGACUUUGACCUUUUUGGGUAAGGACUAAUUAGGAUCUCAUUGUGUGCAUAUUUAGUUAAAAAAUGACAAAUACUGUAGGAGGAGUAGCGAUUAUUGAUUAUGAAAGGAUGGACGGACAAUGUAUACCUCUGGCUUAAGCUCAUCCUUUGUCCUAUACCAUGGAGAACAUCAGUCCUUUGGCUGGAUGAAAUAAAAAUGAAAAAUAACCAUCACAAUAUCACUUUAGCAAAAGCAUCUCAGAGUACCUGGUAUUAAAAUCAGAGGCCAGAGCUUUUUCAUGUGAUGGAUCAUCUAAAGAAGCACAGUCAUGUCUGGACUAGCUGGGAUGUCUUCUUGUCCAAUAUUGUAAUCACUUAAAAUACAAGAAAAGGAUCUUUUAUAAAGCCCACUGAGCCUGGACAUAAACCCAAAGCUACCUGAGAGUUUCUUAAAAACAGGUAUAUGAGAUGAAUAAACUCCUAGAGAGAAAAAAUGAAACAAAGUUUGAUUUAUCAAAUCUGCUUAUGAACUAAACAAUAGUAGUAAAGCACUCCCGGAUCUCCCGAGUGAUCACUGAACAAGCUUUUCUUCUUUUCAUCGUGGAAACAUUCACAUGAUCUUUUGUUUUGUUUUGUUUUUGCAUUUGUUUUGCUGUAGUCUGAUGUGACUAUGUGUUUCACAUUUAUUCACAUUGCUUUUUCUGUAAUCGGGUGUCAUUACACUAACUACAGUACUAGUGAUGCUGUGAUAAAACCCUGUGAAUAUGUC